CCUUGCGUCAUCAACACGCAUGUCAAAGGGUGUCAGAGCCGCUAGGAAGAAGCACAUGGCCGCUGAAUGAGGUCAAAUUCCUUUCAUUUUCUUCAAUUUUAGUGCUCUGUUUACGGAAUUUUUUCUUUUGGCAUAUAAAAACUAAUGAAGUAAUCAUUUAACUUUGGAAAUAAGGUAGCAACUAUGGGAAUUAAAUCUCUGCAAGAUUAUAUUGAGACGCACUGCUCUAGUGCCUGUGUGUCAGUUGAUUUGCUGAAAAUAUCUAGGGGUUUUGUACCAAAAAGGCGUGGCAGGUAUCCAGGUUCAUCCAGAUUCUGCCUUGUUGUAGAUGCAGAGAGCUGUUUAGAUCGACUUUAUGGAGGCUACUUUUCAGACUGGGUAUGUGGGGGUCAAUGGAAUAGGAUGACAUCUUAUUUAAACAGCCUAAUCCAGGCUUGUCAAGCAGCUAACAUGGAACUGGUAGUUUUCUUCAAUGGAUCCUUGGAGAGUCAAAAAAUGAAUGAUUGGUUUGCAAGUCAGAGUAUGGAAAAGAAGAAGGUACAGUCCAUCUUGCGACAUGUUAACAACAAAGGAACACCACCUCCCAAAAUUUGGUGGAUCCCACCAGUGUUCCUACAUGGUGCGCUUAGAAUGGCAUUGCGACAGCUAGGUGUUACUGUUGCAUGUUCCAUGGAUGACCAUGAGCAAGAGGUUAUUGGUUAUUGCAGAGAACAUGGGCUUCAAGGAAUCCUUGCACAGGAUGCAGUAUACACAAUAUUUGAUCCACCACGCUAUUUUUCAUCACACAACCUGAAACUGACCUAUAAAGGUUCUUUAGAAACCAAAGAAUACAUCAUGGAUGAAAUUGCAAAAAAUCUUAACCUGAACCCCAACAGAUUCUGCAUAUUUGCAGCAUUAUUGGGAAAUCACAUCCUACCAGAUGCAGACUUGUAUGACUUCUACAGAAAUUUACUAAACAGCACACAGCCAGAUGGUGGACAACCUAUUAAGUUUACUCCAGAGAAUUGUAUUGAAGCAGCUGUAAAAUUUGUUCGUAAUUUAGCAUCAGUAGAUAAUUUGGAUACUGUUGGAGAACAGAUUUUCAGGAAGAAGACAGAAUUAAUUGCUAAAUUCAAACAGUGUGUUCAAUAUUACCUGAAUGGUACCCAGGAUGGCUUUCUCAAAUACAGACCACCACAAAACAUUUCAGGCAUGCCAAGACAAAGUGGUUAUCCUGUACAGCAUACUGUUCAAACAAGAGCACCAGGACAGGAGGGACAAGGAUAUGCAGGAGACCAAGGACCUGCACCACAGAUUGUUGUUGACCCUCCAAACCAACAGAACUUAAACAGCAUGCAGUCAGGUUGGUCGUCUGAUAAACCAACAGAGAAAGGUGAUGCAGGUAUUCCAUUAAAACCAGAGAUGUUAGCUGCCGCUUCCUCUUCUUCCAGCAGCAGUAGUGGAUCCAGCCCUAAUCGUAACAGUCCUGAGGUUGGUUGGCCUCAAACUACCAAAGUGCAGGGGGUUCAGAAAUCACCAACAGGACAACCUUCCGACUCUAGAAUUCCACAAGUUCUGCCUGAAAUAAUGAGAGUAGCAAGUGAGAGACAUCAAAAAGGACUGAUGUGUUCUUGGAUUUACCAAUUAUUAUCCCAGGGAGAGAUCAAGAUUGCAGUUACCCUCGAAGAUGACAUCAGUCGAGAGUUACCAACAGGAGUAGAACUUUACAGACCUAUCAGACAAACUGUUUACUCCGUCUUAUUUAACCUCAACAAACAGAAAAUUAUUCAUGAUAACCAAAACAAAGAACAAGCCCCAGAUUUUAAAAAGUUUGAAGUACCAGUAAAAGAGUGGAUCAUAAGACGUGGAACAACGAAGAUCCAAUGUGAAAUGGUGACAGCUUAUCCAGUUGAUUGGAAAACACCAAGUAUUGAACGUAUGUGGUUAGGAACCAAUGUAGAAGAUAAAACAAGAAGAUUGAGGGCAUUCCUUACCUGCAUGGAGAGUGACACUCCUCUGAUGCUGAACACACAAUAUGUACCUCAACAGCUGUUGUUGUUAUGUUGUGUCUUGAGGUUUAUAUUGACAAGAGGAAGAAUUUUACAGAGACAAGAAUUAGAUGCUUUCCUUGCCAUGAGUGUAUCUCCAUUGUUACAUGAUGUACAAACCAUGCAGGAUCUCAAGUUGCCAAAUGUGUUGCCAAGAGGAAUCCACUUAGCUUCAUUGUUUAUGUCAGGAGUGGAGACAGCAGUCUUUGCCAAUGAUGUUUGUGGUGCACCAAUCCCAUGGAAUAUGUGCGCUCCAUGGCAUUACUUUGAUGGCAAACUUUUCCAUUAUAAAUUACUCAAAGCCAACAACAAUACACCAUUGAUAGAUAUGUGUGAUGGACAGGUUGACCAAGUUCUCAGAGUGGAAAGAAUGCGUCAGGCCAUUAUGGAAGGCCUUAAAGUGGAGUUUGCCCGUCCCCUUCUUCCUUCCGCUGCUAUGUCCAUGUAUACCAACUAUCCAUUCAAUCAAUUCGCAAAUCCAAUGGGCAUGUCACCUGCUGGUAUGCGAGGUGGCCAUGGAAUGCGUGGUGGCCAUGGAAUGGGUGGUGGUCAUGGAAUGAGUGGAGGCCCAGGCAUGCGUCCUGGUAUUCCUGCUGGUAUGGGACAGCAGCCUAAGUCUCCAGGAAGAGGGAGGGGAAUUCUGGGUAAAUAUCAAACUAAAGGACAGUCACCAAUUGAUGCUCGAGGUGGACAGCUUGAAAUAGCUGGAGUAGUUGUCGGAAGCUGGGGAGCCAAUAUACCAGGCAGCAGAGGAGGUAAUGGUGGAAUGGGAUCUAUGUCACCUAGGGUAAUGUCAGUUGGAGGUCAAGGUCAGAGAAGAGGUUAUCCUCCCAGGGGAGGAGGAAUGAUGGGUAACAGAGGAGGAGCAGGAAUGAUGGGUAAUCGUGGAGGAGGCAUGAUGGGUAAUAGAGGAGGAGGAAUGAUGGGAAACAGAGGAGGAGGUUUGAUGGGCAAUCGAGGUGGUGGUAUGAUGGGUAAUAGAGGAGGUGGAAUGAUGGGUAGACCACCUCCAUUGAUGGGACGUGGCAUGAUGUUCAGAGACCCAGGCUUUGGUAGAGAUGGAAUGAGGCCCAGAAUGGGUUAUCCACCUGCUUAUGGAAGAGGAGGGAUGAGAUACCAAGGGAUGAUGUCCCCUGAGCGAGGUUACUACAGAGGAAGAGGUGCUAUAAGUGGAAGAGGAGUGAAAAAGAUCCGAGUCAGACCAAGGGUUUACAAUAAUAAUAACAAGAGGGGUGGGAAACCAUCAGGAGGAAGAGGAAGAGGUGUUACUGUGGAAUCUGAUGGAGAGAAUGGUAGCAUUACCAUAGCUGUAAAUGGCGAUAACAACAAAAUAAAUGGUGUAUAUGAUGAUGCUGAAGAAGUGACCACACCUACUGCCAAAGGAUUACCAGAGGGCAUUCAGAGCCCAGAUAGUGGCAUUCAUGGUGACAAAUCCUCAACAGAUAUCACUGCCUGAUUAUACUAAUGACUGUUCAAUAUUUUGUGGAAUUUAAGUGUUACUGAUGAAACUUAUGGACUUAUGAUUAUGUUUUAGUUUCUCAAGGCCAGUUCUUAUAUAUUCUUUUUGUAUUUGUAUUGAUUUCUGUAACUUUUCAUAAUUUAUUUUCAAAUGUUCCGUUAACUACUGAUGGAAAAAAAACUUGUACAUUGGUAAAUGGUAGACAUUUAGUAAUGAUGUAUAUUUCUUAUUUAGUUUGUCAGUUUUAUUCUAUAAUUAUCUUUUCAAGUAUGGUUAAAACUGUAAUUUAGCUCUGAUAUUUAUUUGGUGAAAGUUGAUCAUUACUGCUAAUGAAUGUUUCUUUUGCAACACUGCAUUCAGCUUGAGAAAAAAAAACUGUAAUUGGCAACUUCUGAGAAUAAAGGUGUUUUUAUUAGAAGAUAACUGAAAAGUUUACUUCUAUGUUAUAAUAUGAAGAUAACACCUAAUUUUUAUUUUUCUGUUAAAUUAGCAAAGAUUUGUUUGAAAUAUUGGUUUCAUUUCUUUUUAAAUUGACAAAUGGUUGAUUUUGAAUUGGUUAUUUUGAUACUGGAAACAAUGAUUAAUCUAUUAUUUUUGUCUUUCUACUGUUAAAAAAUUGGUAACACUUAUUUUCAUUAUAGUACUAAGUUAACUCAAUUAGAAUGCACUUGCCGAAGAAAUUUCUCUCUAUUUUUUCUUGUUUUUUGUUAAAUUUUUUCAUAUAUUUACAUUUUUAUAAUGAACAAGUGCUUUCUAAUUGAAUAUAUAUACAUUGUUAACGUGGAUGUUGAUUUCGAUCAAAUUUAUGAAAUUUCCCUAAAUCAGCAUUCAAGUAACAUGUUGAAGACGAUAUUGUCAGAUCAGCUCUUAUGUCUUUCAGUCAUUUUUGCCUUUUUAUCGCAAAAAAAAAAAAAUGCUGUGAACAGUCUCUUCAUCAACAUGUUCAAAGUUUGAAUGAUAUUUGCAAUAACUGUCUUUCAAAUGUCAUUCAAACCGAUUCUUUUUUGUUAUGGCAUGUUUACUUUUGUAGCAUUGCCUUGUUGCAUUUAUACAUAUAUUUUUUUUUUCAAUUGUUGUCUAUUGACAACGCAAGUCCUCGGGACUAAAAUGCCACAGGAAACAAACGCAGUCAUGUUAAAGAUUGUUUGAAGUGAUCCUGCAUUUGUAUGCAUGUGAUGAAUGUCUUUGUCAGCCAAAAUUUGUGUUUUUUGACUGCAUUUUACAAAGAAGAUAUUUUUGUAAUUUCAUAUAUUUUUUAUGGAAACAGUCUGAAUGGAGAUCGCUGAAAGACUUGAAAAAGGGAUAUUGAAAGAUUGUUUUAGAAUUUUGAAUUAAUGAUUAAUAACACUAUAAAAUAUUGAAAAUAAAAUUUCCCAAACUUUCAAACAUUGUUGUUGGGUAAAAGUAUUCUUAAAUAAAGUUUAAUCAGAUAAAGCAAGCUAAAAUUUUAAAUUAAUUCACUUAAAUAUCUUCCUUGAGUAUUUAGUAGGGAAAAUGCAUCACAUUGAAAAAAAGAGUAAAAAUGCUGUAAGGCUCUAAAAACAUAAUUUAAUGUUACUUCAGGACUGGAGUGAACUAUGUAAUUUAAAAGUUUUAAGUUGAAUAUCACAAGAAUGGAGUUCCUUCUGCAUCAUUUGAAGCACAAAGGUAUAUUUGUGCUAUAGAAAACCUAUUGGAGAUUUCUUGUAAUCAAGAAGUGGUGCAUAGUGAAAAAGUUAAGGUGUAAAAUGGGAGGUUGUAUCCUUAAUUGGGUUGAGUUUGUUCCUAAUGGCUAUUUAAUAUGACUAGGUAAAAAAAAUACAAGUAACGCAAUAUUAAGACAAAAAGAAUAUGUAAAAAAAAUGUCAAGAUUGCAUAUUUGAUAACCUUAAAGGGGAAGUUGGUCAAAAAAAGAUUUUUACUUCUCGUCUUAAAAGUUUGAAAAUUGAAAAACUGAUCAAUGGUGAAAAUGAUGGUAAAGAGAUAUUGAUCAGUGUGGGCAGUUAAUGGGAAAAAAAACAUUCUCAGUUUAUUUUGUCUUUGAUAAAGCACACACAAGAUUUCAAGACAAAGGCAAUAUAAUCUGAUAAAUAGAUAUUUGCUAAUGCCCAUUAUAAAAGUUUUUCGAAAUCCAGUUCCAUAAUGGAUUGAUAUCAAGACACUAGUAAGGGUUGGUCAUGCCCGUUAGUCUUGACUUUGUAUAUUUUUUGGGGACAUAAUUGUCCUCUUUUAUUUCUUUGUAUUAAAUUUUGAUGAACUAUAUUUGUAAUGAUAUGAAGUUAAAACAUAUUCCUCAUUGUAUAAAUGAUUAAAAUCUAUAAAUAGAUAAUAUAAAUAUUUUAGCAUUUCCAAUUAAUAAAAUGUUUGCAUGAAAUUUUUUGAGGAAAUGCCACAUGAAGCUAGAAAUUUGGCAUGGCAAUUUUUUGUAGCACCUUGUUUUGAACAUUUUUCUAAAAAGUGAAGAAAAAGAUUUAUUAAUCAACGGGUCAGCUUAAUUUCUAGCUUCUUUUUAAUGGUUUCUUUUUCACAUGUUUGAAUAUUGAAAUUUUUUGGUUCGUUUUUAAUGGCUUGCUUAAACAUGGACACAUUUCCAUGUUGAUUUAUUAUGCUUAGGAACAAGGUACCUCAGGAAUAAAGCAAUGUUUCAGAAUGGAGAGUUGAGAGAAAUUAAGGGUCACUGACCCUUGGGCAAGUGUAUUCCUGAUGUAUAAAAUGUCCUUUAAUAGGAAGAAAAACAAAAACAAUUUCAUUAUUCUCAUUAAGGUACCCCUAUUCAUUGUUUAUAUUAAUCUUUAAAAUGGCUCUUUAUAAAGCCAUGAUCAUGUAUUUCACUAGAAUUUGGUUUAUUAUUAUAAUACAUGUUAUAUUAAUAGCUCAUUCAAUUAUCUUGUGUACAUUUAAGUAGGGAUGUAACUGAUAAUUCAGUUACUUACUCUCAAUCUGAAGUUUUUUGAACAAAAUGUUAACGGAAUACUCUUGAUGCUAAAAUAUCAGAUUUAAUCUUAAAACUUAAAGAGAAUGUUCAGCAAGAAAGAAAUAUAUAUUUAAAAGUAAAUAUUAUACGUAAUGUUAUUGAUAAAUUUCAAUUCAAUUUAAUUUUAAGAGGAUUUUAGAGUAAAUAACUGAAUUAACAGUGAAAUAAAAUAUUUUUCUGUGGAAAAUAAACUUGCAUGUAUGAUUACAGGUUUGAAUGAAAAGGGCCAAAUACAUUUUAAACAUGUUUGUUCUGUAGUUUGUGAGAGUUAACCUGGGCAGAUUGAUGGUUUAGAUCUUGUUAGAAAAGGGAUGGAGCUAUCACCUAUCCAGACUUAUCUGUCAUAUUACAUAACUAACUAGAACACUAAUUCUUACAUGCAAUUGUUAUGCAAAAGGUUGUAAAAAGGUUAAGUCUUUUAUAGUAAUUAAGAUUUAGAUAAAUUAGAGUUCUUGUUGAGUUAGGGUUUUUUAAGAGCGCUCCAAAAAAAAUAUAAAAAGGUAAAGUGAAACUACUCACAGAGGAACAAAACUAAAAAUGGUCAAGAAACUAAAUAUUGCAGUUGUUUUUCCAUAUUAAUUGUAAAUAUUUUUGAUUUGGAAGUUUUGAAAUACUGGAAUUUCUUAUGUAUUCCUAUUAUAUUGAUAUGACUGAUAUCUUUUGACAAUGUAUACUAUCAAAUAUUGUACUUUUGGAAAGCUUACAGUGUUUAGAUAAUAGUAAUCAAUUAUUGUAUUAUUAGAGUUUGGUGGCUUGUCAAGUGGUAAAUUGCAAAAUAUUCAGUAAGGGAAUGACAACGGAAAUGACCCACAACAAAUGUUUUAAGGUUGAGUUAAAUUUUGAGACCAAAAUAUAUUGUGGUCACAUCCAACAAGCAUGGAAGUUCUAUUCAUGAAAUAUUAACUGCUGGAUGUAAAGUAAAAAAAACAACCAGUCAAUCAAUCCAACAAGCAUGAUACCUUAGGAAAAUAUAUAUAUACUUAUUAGUUUAAAGAAAAUGUUAAGUUAUUGUUAAAUGUAUAAUUACAUAAUGGUAAUUGGGUAGUUGAUGAAAAAUUACUGAGUAUUUUGUAACAAAAAUUGUCUUGUUCUGUGAAUUAAUCUGUUAAUUGAUUGAAUAUUAUACUUUAAGGUGGGAUUUAAUUAGGAAGGAGUUAGCACAAAUGCAUAAAGUAGGGAUAUACUGCUUUAAUGAAUAUUGAUUCCCUAUCAUAUUGGCACAAAAAGUGAUUAAGGAAGAAAAGAUGGUUAUGGUUUUGAUGUUAAGACAUGGACUGCGAGUUUUUGAAUAAAUGUUGUUUUUGUGGAA